AUGCAGCACCUGAGCCAGCGACUCGAGCAGCUUGAGAAGCAUGUGGGCGGUGCGAGUGAUGAAAAUUCGCCGUCUGCACCCCACAUGACGCCAAAGGCAGAAGAAGCCACUGAAAGACGUACGCCUGUGCCGUCUCCCGAAGCCUCGCUUACCGUGGCUGAUGGCCAGGAAUCGUGGAUCUAUCGGCUUGCCACAGAUGCUCGCCGUAGCUUUCAGACUCAAGCCACUCCCGUCAACACGCCAGCGCGAAGCAUCGACAAUGCCAUGCUGUCGCUCAACGAAGCUCUCGAGGAUCUCGGGAGAUUCAGAGUACGUACCAAAGCUAUAAACGUCGAUUUGGAAAUCUCGCCCGAACAAGCGCGAGAGUGUGUAGACCGCUUCCCCACCACGGUAAACUCAAUGAUCGUUCCAGAUGCGCUUAUGAGCUCUAUGGUUGAUAUGAGCGUCCUGCGAGCACUCCCGGACAUCAUUAAUUCUCCCUAUGUCGCCAUUGAUCCUGGAGUGCGUGUCAUGUACUACAAUGCGCUGUACUACGGACUGCGUGAAACCAACGGCCCCGGACAUGAUUUGACUGUGAAAGCGUACCUGAAGGUCCUUGAGAGUGUACCAGCAUGGCUCGAGUCUCCAAGACAAACCAAUAUGGAUGGCCUCACAGCCACCCUCACAGCUUGGACGUCGAAUACCAUGCACGACUAUCAGCUUGCUUGGAAGUUUCAUUGCAAGUCAUGUCAAUACAUCAUAUCCAAGGGCAUGGACCAAAUUGAUGCUACCCCGGCAAGAUCUUUUGCGGAAGAGGAGGAAAGGGAUCCUGCCCGAUAUCUGUACUGGCAUGCCCUGUGCACUGAUGUCUUACUGCGCUUGGUCUAUGGGAAGCCAAAGGUCUUAAAAUGGGUACCUGGUAAAGUUCGACCGCCGUUCACCUUCCGUUUGGACAAUAUGCAGCCAUCGGCAAUGAUGGUCACAAUUGGCGUCGUGUGGAUACGAUACACGUUUUUGACCGAUGAACUGAUUAGCUACGUCGACAGCCACGCAUCCUUUAGCUCGCCAGAAGACCUCUUUCAGAAGACGGAUGAGUGCUGCAGAAAACUCGAGGAACUCAUAGCUGAAUGGAGACUUGAACAGCUCAUGAACGACACAGAUACGUUGGAUGAUCACCGAUGUAUGCUUGCAGAUCAUAUCAUGAAUAUGUUAGCAUACAUGAUUGGUAUGCAGAGGCUAGUUCAUACAGCCGUACGGAAUUCCGCGACAGCAGGCAAGCCCAGUCCAUUCGCUGUCCGUGCUGCUCGAAAAGUCUCCAGCAUCAUCCUCAUCUUCCACAAUGACCCCGCUAUGAAGGCCAAGUCGAUGAGUUCAACCAACCAUUUCAUUACCAUGUAUCCUUUUUGUGUGGUGUUCACGCUCUACGAACACAUCCUUGCUUGCGGAAACCCGGACGAUUGCGAAAGUGACAUUCAAACGCUCGAGAGCAUUGGUGUCGCCAUGAACGAGGCAUGCGCACAACGCCGAGACUUGGUGCCUUUUGCAAAAACCGUAGACGCAUUGAACAGGGUAUCGCGGACACUACAAGAAGAGAGACGCAAGGUGACAGUACCGAAUCUGAUGGGAGAGCCGGGAUAUAACACUAACCCAAGUGUUGAAUUGGCGCCGACGAGCUUCGAUACCAUCCAGAAUCUCGUUGCGACCGAGUUGCCAGACUUUGAUAUGUCGGCCUUCUCCAUGCCUGAAUAUCCCCCUGACACGGAUUUCGACUUUCAAUCGCUCGGACUAUUUAGGGCAUUGGAAAACGACUUUGUUGCGCGAAAUUGGCAGACUGAUUGGUGGGAUUUGGGCGGUGGUGUGAGUGACGGGCUGGGCCAGACACCCGGAAGGUAUCCAUAA